AUGAACGCUGCUUCUGGUGGCUACGUGCCCAAGGUGCCGGUGCUCCCGAGCUACAGCGCCUAUCAGCCCAACGCCGGGCAGGCGCCAAAUCCUUAUGCGCAGCAGCAACAGCCUGCACCUCCUAUGCCCCCGCGUCCUGGUUCGUACGCGCCGCCACAGUCACCAUUUGCGCAACCAACAGCUCCAAAUUCCUAUGGCACAUCUUCACCGUAUCCUCAAGGACAGUCGGGGUAUAGCAGGCCUCCUCCGCCACCACCAGGACAACAGCCUCAAUCUCCAUAUCCCCAGGCGCAGUCUCCGUAUCCUCAAUCACCAUUUCCCCAGUCGCCACAGUCAAAUCAGGCGCCUCCAGCGCAGUGGAAUCAACCCCAGGUUCCACCGCCCUAUGGACAACCACCUCCUCAACAGUACCAGCAGCAAAACCAAUGGGGCCAACCACAACAACCCACUUACGGACAGCCGCCGCAGCAGUAUAGCCAACCUUACGGCCAACAGCCCCCUUAUCAGCCAAAUGGUGGUCCUCCAGGACAGCCUCCGCAGGGCCAGUAUGGCGCACCUCCACCACAGGGAGGCUAUGGCGGCCCCCCUCCUCCUCAACAGGUUCAAGCUGGGCCAGCUGAAGUUGCAGGCUACAAACAGUUGCUGCAAGCUUGUAUCCAAGAAAAGGGUCUUCAGAACUUCCCAAUCUGCCAGAACCUCGACCGGAUCGCCCAAGAUGCACCCUCAAAGAUCAACCAAGUCAUCCAGCGCUGGCGUAUCCAAAAGGAGAUCGCCAAUGACAUUGUCAAGCUGGCACUAUACGACAUCGUUCUAUACAUCGACGACAGUGGUUCCAUGCAGUUUGAAGAGGAAGGCAGCCGUAUCAAAGACUUGCGCCUUAUUCUGGAACGAGUCUCCUUUGCUGCUACGCUCUUUGACAACGACGGAAUCUCAGUCCGGUGCAUGAACACCGACCUCUCUAAUGCUCGUAACCAACAGGGUCGACCUCUCCAAGAUGGCGUCGCCACUGAGGCUCAGAUCGAAGAGAUCAUGCGUGGUGUGAACUUCAAGGGCCUCACGCCCAUGGGCAGCUCUAUGGAGACAAAGGUCAUCAAUGAGAUAGUACUCCAAAAGGCACGAUCCGGACAGAUGCAGAAGCCAGUACUCGUCAUCGCUAUAACUGAUGGACAACCGGCAGGUGAACAGCCGAACAAAAUCUUUGAUGUCAUCAAAGGAACAUACAGACAACUCCAGUCAACGCCCUAUGGCCGUGGCGCUGUCGCCUUUGAGUUCGCCCAGGUUGGAAAUGAUACGACUGCCAGGGCAUUCCUCGGUAAACUCGAUGAGGACCCUGAGGUUGGCCCUAUGGUUGACUGCACAUCCAACUUUGAAAACGAACAGGAAGAGAUGAUGCGUGCCAACCCACCUGUCGAUCUCACACCGGAUCUUUGGAUCAUCAAGCUUCUUCUUGGUGCUAUUGACCGAAGCUACGAUUCCAAGGACGAGAAGACCAACCCAGCGCCCGGAGGCUACGGUGCACCACCUGGUCAAUAUGGCGCGCCUCCGCAAGGCUACGGUCAGCAGCCACCGCAAGGCUAUGGCCAACAGCCACCACAGGGUUACGGUGCUCCACCUGGUCAGCAACCCCCUCAAGGCUAUGGUGCUCCUCCACAAGGCUACGGCCAACAGCCACCCCCACCAGGUCAGUACGGUCAGCAACGACCGCCUCAAGGUGGUCCCGGCGGAUAUCCAGGUCAACAACAGUACGGCCAACCGCCGCCAGGUGGCAGGUACUAG